UCUAUCUUAUGCUCCGGAUGCUAACGUCUGACGACAUCAUAUAGCGACUCGACUGCGCCAAGGGCGUAGUACGUCAUAUUUAUGCGACUGUCCACAAUAAUGUCAUGGCGUCGGUGGAUUUCAGAGACAACCUGCUGGGCAUUUCCUGGGUGGACAGCGGGUUGGUUCCCAUCCUCAACCCCGGGAAUGUACUCGACUACUUCUCGGAGAGAAGUAACCCCUUCUAUGACCGCACUUGUAAUAACGAGGUGGUUAAAAUGCAGCGGCUCAGCCUGGACCAUCUCAAUCAGAUGGUGGGAGUGGAGUAUAUUCUUCUCCACGCGCAAGAGCCCAUUCUCUACAUCAUCCGUAAGCAACAGAGGCAGUCACCCACGCAAGUGAUUCCCUUGGCUGAUUACUACAUCAUCAUCGGAGUGGUCUAUCAGGCCCCGGACCUCAGCACAGUCAUCAGCUCCAGAGCGCUUUCUGCCGUUCACGGUAUCCAGUCCGCGUUCGACGAAGCCAUGUCCUACUGCCGCUAUCAUCCCUCCAAAGGAUACUGGUGGCACUUCAAAGACCAGGAAGAGAGAGAAAAAAACAAGCCAAAGACGAAGAAGAAAGCGGAGCCGGGUUCGCUGUUCCAGAGGCACCGCGUGGACACUCUACUUUUGGACCUCAGGUCAAAGUUCCCGCCAACCUUCUAUCAGCCAAAGCCCGGAGAAAAGCCCAUUCCAGUGGAGGUGAAAAAAGAGCCUGAACCUUCUACGGAAACGGUCAAACAAGAGGAGAGGGAGCCAGCGGCUAAAUCCGCCACCCCUGCCGCCGCCGCCGCUGCCGCCGCCGCCCCGGCCGGCAAGCCGCCUCCCGAGAAGCGGGCGCGGCUCCAGUGACGGCCAUUAUUCAAAUAACAGGGAAAAACAUUUAUGACUUCUGUUACUUGGCCUCUAUUUGAUGAGGAUAAAGACAUUCCCGUGUCAGUUUCUGGAUGCAUCACGGACAGCCAUAUUGAAUAAUAAUAUAAACCCCGGUGGGAUGAUCCAUUGCA